AUGUUGCAUCCCAUGCCAUCCCGAUCCCGUGCCCAGACGCAAAUGAAUGCCCGGCCAAGCCAACAGCCCGACCGAGGACGUGGAAAGCAACCCCAAUCCCAACAACCUCGAAGCAGCCUGCCGUUCUUGCUCGGCCCGUGGUCCAGUGCGCUGGGCUGGGAUGCAUCAUUCGACAAUAGGGGACGAUCCGAUCCAGAUCGUCGUUUGACAGCAACAAAUGCCGUUGGGCAACCCUCCCACAGCCUAAAACCUUGGUCACUCAGCCGCUUGGGGGCCACUCCGUACGUGCUGUACGUGCUGGGACCAGGCAAUUACGGCUGCUGUCCCCGGCACGCGAUGGAGGUCUGCCGCCAACCUGCCGUGAUGCGCCAUGGGUAUCUGGCUCCGAUGGGCGUCCGGCGGCGUAGGGCAGAAUAUUCUGUGCGUCUCGAUCGGGAAAGAGGCGCCGGAGCGGACUACGCCGAUGUGGUACUCCUUUGGUCCCCGCUGCCGUCCACGAGUCCGGUCCACGGGUCCCGUCCUCGACAAACUCGAACCAAACAGAACAACUCACAGGCGCAGCAAUUGACGAAAUGGCGGGCAGCCAGGCCAAACAGCGAGGCCUCUUCGGAGCAGACAGGGACCAGGCAGUUACUUUCCUACAUAUUCGUACCAAAGUACUGCAUCCGAUUUCCUCCCCACUCCCCGCAGUUUCUCCCGCUGGUUGGGGAUGCACCCUGGCCCCAGCCAGAGAAGAGGAGAAGAAGAGCGAGGAAUGUCUCACCAAAAAACGAGUGCGAGGGUAGUCGGGAGGCGUUGUUACACACCCCCACCCCACCUCCAGCGAUCCUCUACAAAGUACUAUGUACUGUACGGAGUACUACGAACGGAUACCACCCUCCAGCGCUCUCCAGCGCCCUCUCGCACCCACUGACAUCCUCUGCGGCGUAA